CUUAAAUGAAAGGCAUGAGCACUACGCGUACAGUUUUCUUGUGACUGCUUGUUUUAAUACGGAUCCUUAAAUUAACUUGUUUUGUUCUACCGUCUGAGGCAGUGGUAAACGAGGCACCACAAUGGCUUCAACAAGUGACGGGAGACAAAAGAGGAAGAGGAAAUCAACCAAUCAAGACAUGGAGGUAGACGUGGUCAAAAAGAAGAAACCAAUCAUAUCAAGCUUCAAACAGCCGACUGUUAUUGAACAGCUGAAGUAUAUCCUAGCAGAAUAUCCAGAUGGAGGACAAAUAUUGAAGGAACUGAUACAAAACGCCGAGGAUGCAGGGGCAAGAACGAUGGGCAUACUUCUGGACGAGAGAAGACUUAACAGGACGGACGAAACAAGUCAUGCACCAUACAAGAAUUUCUUUCAGGCUCCAGCCCUGUGCGUUCACAACGAUGCCGAAUUUACUGAACAAGACUGGAAAGGAAUCAUCAUGAUAUAUAACAGUGUAAAAAAGUUUGACAUACUGAAAGUCGGACGUUUCGGACUCGGGUUCAAGUCAGUUUUUCAUUUAACAGAUAACCCCUGCAUAAUCAGUGGGAAACGCAUGCUGUUGAUGGACCCGCUUCAUCCGGCUGGCUGCGAACCGGCACCAAUGGAAAUAGGAGAUCUAGGCGAAAUGGAAGGGUUUGAUACAAACGCUUUUAUACAAGCACUUGAUGGUAAAUUUGGCUUCGAUCGAGAAACACUGUCAUCCGGAUAUUUCAGAGGAACGCUGUUCUGGUUUCCUCUCCGCGAAAUUCCGAAUACGCUAUCAGACAACGUGUACACUGUGGAAAAAGUAAUGAAUUUAUUCAGGGCGUUUCAACAGGAUUCAUCUAGCAUCCUCCUUUUCUUGAAAAGUCUUUCGGAGGUGACAUUGUUUACGGAUAAUCAGUCCCAGCCGCAAGAGAGAAAAGUUUAUGCAAAGGUUAAAAUAGCGGACUCUGGCGUAAAAUGCUUGGCACAGAGAGCUGCAUUUGCAGACAAAGUGAGCAGUAUGACACCUGAAAGCGCCGACAUUUCUUCAAUUAUGGAAGUUCCCAUUGAAUGUUUCUUUGACGGAAGUUCGAGUUCAAAUACUACUUGGCUUGUUGUCAAUUACGUUGUUAGUGAAUCGGCUUCGGAUGAGCUUAACCGACUUAUGAACGAUGAAAGCAUUGGUCUAAGUCCAUAUGUUGGCGUUGCUGCUCCUAUGACAACGACUUCUCAGUUCAAUGGUCAUAUAUUCUGUUUCCUGCCUCUUCCGAAAGAAGGCUCGAAACUAACAGGGUUACCAUUCCAUGUAAACGGGUUCUUCGCCCUUAGCUCCAAUCGACACCACUUAAAAUGGGAAACUGAUGAAGAUAAAAACCAACAGCAAUACGAUAAAAAUGUCCAUUGGAAUCACCUUAUGACAUCUGAAGUACUGCCGCGAGCUUACCGAUUAAUGUACAACGCUGCAGUCAGUAGAAGUAAUAUUUCUGGAAAUUCAGAGAAGGAUGUAAAGAGGGUGUAUGGCCUUGUACCAGAUCUUGACAAUGUUAAUGAGAAUUGGAAAAGUUUUGCGACAAAAAGCAUGAAAUGUAUGCAAUCCGAAUGUGUUGUUUUUGCAAAUGAUGUUGGGCGAUGGGAUGUGUGUCAGAAAUGCGUGUUUGGAACAACUGCCACGUUUGACACAGAAGAAAUUAAAACGUCAGUGAGAUCCUCUAUGAUACGAAUGGGAAAGUCUUAUGCUGAACUUGAUGAAACUUCAUUGAAAACUUUGCAGAUGGUUUUUACCACGUCAGUUAUUUGUGUCUCGCCGAAUCUGAUUACUUACUUUCUACAAGAAUCGAACGCGUACCAAUGCCUCGCUGAUGAGAUGAAAACAGACCUUUUAGUUUACAUCUCAGCUGAUAAACAGUUUGAUCGACUGCAAGGACUGGAAUUAUUGCCCCUUGCAAAUGGCACAUGGGUUAGUUUUCGAAAAGAAGGGAAUGCCAUAUACCUUGCAAGUGUGGACGAGAUUGAGAUUUUUCCUGAUUUUAAAGACCGUUUCGUUAUGGCAACUCGAACCUCGAAAAGCGGCAAAGCAUUCAAGGCUAUACUUGAAGAAGUGUUAGGGAGCUAUCGUAUUUCAAACCUUUCCACCGACGCACUUCUUACUUUCUUGCGGGAAUCUCUACAAUCAUUUGUAGACACAGAAAUGAAAAACUCCUCAAAGUUCAGUCUACCUUGGCUUGAAAAGGUCUGGAGCUUGGUUAUGAAAUACGGUUUAGAACAUUUUAAAGAUUUGCGACUUCUACCACUUCUUCAAGAAGGGACAUUUGAUGGCACGUACGUUGUCAAACUGGUGACGUUAACAUAUCCUUUCGUCCUGAGUCGUUUUAUCAAUGUAACAAAAGGUUUCAAUGAAAAUGUGAAGAAGGCAUUGCAGCUUCUAGGAAUAACCGUGCUUGAGGAUCUACCGAACUGGCUGCCGAAAACAUAUUUGAAUGGAUAUGUUUCUCAGCUGAACCACUACGAACUCAGAAGAUGUUUCGAUACAAUUGAAGAGGACAAUGUUUUGGCUCUUAGUACUAUAUUCAAUAGCAAAGCAGAUGACGAAACACGGAAAGACUUCGUGAAAUACUUAUGUUGCAGUGAAGAAGAUUACAGAAUGUCUUUUCUAGAGGAGCUUGAGAUAUUCAAAAUGAUAUCAAAAACAAAGGGAUGCGAGAAAUAUGCUCGGCUGAAAAUGGCAGGUGUUUUCAUCGAUGAAAAGACUGAAAAUGAACUACCUCGAGAUAUUGAUAUACCAAUUGAGUGUUUUAGACGGGACAAGACGAACAGGAGACUGAUAACAAUGUGUGAUAUCCUUGAAUUGACCACCGAGAAAUUUGUAAAGAUAAAAAUGCAAGAGAUAACUAAAAGUGGGUACGCAUCGGACACAGACGUCUUUAUGAAGUUCUUUCUGAAAAAUACAAUGAUGUUUAAACCACAGACAGAUAUAAUUCAAAUGGCAUCAAACAUAGCUUUUAUCAAACAUGAUAGCAAACUAAAACGAGCAUCGAAUUUCUUUGAUCACACAGAUGCAAACCUGAAGAAGCUAUUUUUAAAACAAGAUGUAUUUCUUCCAGAACAGGUCUUUCCAACACGAUUCUUAGAUGGUUUAAGAACAAUUGGAUUGAAAUCCGCUAAGUGUGUCAGCGCAGAUGACCUUUUCAGCAUCGCACAAGUUCUAGAUUCAUUUAAUUCAAGCGGUGUAUUCGAAGCUGAAAUCAAUGAUAAAGCCAAAGCUUUUCUUAACACUAUCGAGAGUAAUCCAAAUCUUCUUCAGAACAUCGUGCAUGUUAGGAACAAAACAACAAGCCUUGGAGAAGCGUUACGGACACUACAGUGCUUUCCAUGUAUAAACAAUGACAUCGGCAAUGUAGAGUACCCCAGAGCAUUGCUAAUUAAAGAUUUAAAACACCUUUAUUGUCCAACUGAUCUACGAGAUUCUCGAUACAGUAUGCUGAUCGGUUCAAUAAAACCACUGAUAAGUUCUUAUUGCAUAGAGCUUGCAGAAUUUUAUGAAUGGACAAAACCGCCUUCCAUAGAGGACCUCAUUGAAAACCUCAACGUUGUAAAGGGAAGGUUCGUUGAUACCAAAUAUGAUGUCGCAAAAGUGACAAAAGCUAUAUACUCAGAGUUGGCGAGGCAGAAAGACGAUGUUGCAAUUAAAAAAGAGAUAUUUGAAGAAAUGGCCUUAAUCUGGACCGAAAAGGGAUUCACUAGGCCGUCACGCACAAUCCUGAAGCAAAAUGUUGGUGAUAUCCUUCUUAGUCCUUACUUUGAAUACAUUCCCGACGAGUUCAACAACGUACAUAACCUUUUGGAAUCCCUAGGAAGUCACCCCAUUCAAGAUAGACGUGUACUAACGCAACUCCUGCAAGAGAUACAGAAGAAGUACCCAGCUGAUGGAGUUGAUUUAGCUGUUGUUUCUUAUGACAAGAAGCUCGUCAGAGAUGUUUUAGAAAAGUUAGCAACGCUAAAUACAAACGAUGAAGCCGACAGAGAGUGGAUGAAACGAAAUGUGCUAAUAAUGAUAGACACAAAUGACAAACAUACUAUUGAAUUUGAUUGCAUUUCAAAAUGUGUAUAUGACAAAGAAAGAGACAUGUUUGAUGAUUCAGAUGAAGAAGAAAAGUUCAAAUAUGUUCAUCCAUCGUGUAUAGAACAUGCAAUGAAACUUGGGGUAAAGUCGGUCACACGUCAAUCAUUAAUGGACGCUGAAGAUAUCGAAGAUUGGGGUCAAAACGAACGUUUGACAACACGACUAAAUCGGCUUUUGAAAGAGGACUAUGUAGAUGGUCUCUCUGUGCCUAAAGAACUCAUUCAAAACGCUGACGAUGCAGGCGCCACGGAAAUAAGCUUUCUUUACGACGAACGGGAUCACAUUGGUUAUAGAAAACGUCUUAUUAGCAAAGAAAUGUCAGAGUGUCAAGGAGCUUCGUUAUUUGUUUACAAUAACACAACAUUCUCCGAAGAUGAUUUCAAAAACAUUACACGCAUAAACGAAGGAACAAAACAACAUGACACUUCAACAAUUGGAAAAUUCGGACUAGGAUUUUGUUCCGUUUAUAAUGUAACAGAUGUUCCCAGUCUUGUAUCAGGUCAAAAUAUGGUAAUUUUCGAUCCACAUGAGCGGUAUUUGGACGAGAAAAACCCCAAAAGGGGCAUCAAGUUACCUUUGUCGAAACGCACAUUGGUUAAAAGGCAUGUCGAUCAGUUUAUGCCUUUUGAAGGAUUGUUCGGCUGUUCGAUCGUAGGUGAUUCAUUUACACCAUUUGAAGGAACUUUAUUUCGUCUGCAGCUUCGAACUGCAGUCCAGGCCGAUAAAAGCGAGAUUUCAAAAAAGGUUUAUAACAAGGAUGAAGUUUUUGGGCUUCUUAAAAUGUUGAGAAAACAUGCAGGAGACUUGCUUCUAUUUUCACAAAAUGUGACGACUAUAAGAAUUUUCCACCUGCGGAAAGAUUAUGUCUCUUCUGACGAUGUAAAGCCUGUGUUUGAGAUGAAUAAAAGCAUAAUAGGUGAUACAUCUAGUCUUAAAGACAGAUUCUCAGUAUUGAAACUGUGUUCGCAGACACAUCAAACAGUUGAACAUGUUCAAGUUGUCUCACUUGUAACACAGGUCUCUAGUUCAGAGCUUUUCGAGGCAAGCACAACAGAUAAUAAUGAUACACGAUUUGUCAUAUCUUGGUAUAAAUGUCCGGAAGACACACUCAAGUGUACCGAUGAAACAGCUAUUCCUGUAUCGGCAAUAGCAAUUCCAGAUAUCUAUUCUGAUAAGGGAGUACAUCGUUCAUUGUCUGAAAUAGGUCAUGGUUUCUAUAAUGAAGGGCAUUUGUUCUGUUUUAUGCCUUUACCAGUGAUUACAAAUUUGCCUUUCCAUAUAAAUGGCUUCUUCAGCGUUACACAAAAUAGACGAGGUUUAUCUAUUGCCACAGAAGAUGAUAAAACCGACAAUUCGUAUCAUUGGAACGACUCUUUACUUUCAAAGUGCACCGUUCAAUCAUUUAUUAAGUACUUGCGUUUCCUAGCCGAAUUUUAUGCAUUUGAUCAGACUGCAUCUGACACACAAUAUUACGAAACUUGGCCAGACUCUGGGGAACAAGCAGUUGAGCAGUUUGUUAAAGCAUUUUACAUCACCGUCUUGCAAGAUGAUCCACAUGUAUUCAGAAGUAAUGAAAGUCAAUUGUAUUUACCGUUCAGCGGUAUAUUAGUGCUAAACGACGAAAUACGAAACAAUGAAACGUUAUAUGCAAAUGCUUUUGAAUUUGUAAAAUGUGUUCCUAUCACUUACAGUAGGAUUGUCGUGAAUUUGCCUAGGAAACAGUUUCAUAAACUAGUGCAUUAUAAUCGCGAUGCUAGUGACAUUCUGGAUGUUGUCAUAACGGAGGAAAUGUUGAUUAUUCAUCUGUUGGAUAAUAUGAACAGUGAAUAUUGGAUAGGAAAAACGGAUGUGCGUAAUGUCAUGCUAUUACAUGCAAUCUCAUACCAAAACAAAACCGUUCAAGAUAAGCUAAAACGUGUUUCCUGUAUUCCCACUCAACCAAAUGAACGUCUUAGAAAAAUCGAUGAACUUGUACAUCCUAAUACAGAAUUGGCGAGACUGUUCUUAGAAGAAGAAGAACGAUUUGUAAUUAAGACAGCGGAAUUUAGAGAUAGCAAAUUACUUAACAGAUUGGUUGAGUUAGGCAUGAUGUGUGAUACGUUGACGGAAGAAUUACUGAUAAACAGAUGUAAAAGUGUAGAAAUGUUAUCACAGAAAUGCUCCGUGUGUACUAUGUCACGUAUAGAUGCAUUGUUAUUUUACAUGAAUACACGAAUAUCGAAUAUAAAACCAUCGGUUGUUACAGAAAUUGGAGGUUUAUCUAUUCUUCCGGUGCAAACAAGACUGCCAGAAUGGCUAUUCUCAUUUCAAUCCGAAAAGAGAGAAGACAUGAAGACUAUCACAGAUGAUUGGUGCCACGAGCACAAGACACCGAAACAAACUGUUAAAGUUCUGAUUGGGAGGCCUUGUACAUUAUAUGAAAGCCGCUUAAUGUAUGCAAUUGGUUCAGUUGAAUGCGUUGUAGACAUCAGAUGUGAAAUAAGUCAAGCAUUAUCAAAACUAUUAGGCAUAAGAUCGCAGGAGAACUUAACUGCAAAUGUGUUGCUGCAGCAGUUAAAUGUGUUAGCCGACGAAUAUAAAUGCCCCGAGCUUAGUUUUAGCGCAAUGACUGAACAGAUAGUGAAUCAGAUAUAUUCUGAACUUGAUAACGUGUUGACGAAACCAUCGUUGAUAGAAAACCUAAAAUGCGUUGAUAAAAAAAUAAAAUAUGUGUUUGAUAAAAAAAUCAUUAUGAUCGGUAAAUCAUUUUACCACGUGAAACAAGUAGCUAUGCAUAUGGACACAGAUUGCUCCCCGGAACUGUGCGUUUUGCAUAAUAUGUCGGAUUUAAAAUUACGAUUGUUUAGAAAAUUAGGUGUUAAGGAACACUUCGUCAUAGAAGAUAUAAUUGCAGUCAUGAAAAGAAAAAGUUUGUUAUGGAAAGAAAAACCAUGCAAAGAAGUGAAAUUAAUGAUAAAUUUGCUUAGAAAUUUGCAUUCAAUAAUGGAACGCGAAAAUAUAACGAUUGAGAAUCUACAACAGCAUAAGGAUUUCAUCGUUGCACCAGAUGAAAAGAAUAUUUUAGCCGUCACAAGUGAGCUAGCUUUGGAAGACCAAGCCGUGUUUUGGCAAAGAAAGGUCAGACUAGUACACGGUGAUGUUCCUCCAAAUAUCGCGAAAGCUGUUGGGGUCAAAUCAAAGAAAGCAAGUUUAAUCAAAGGAUUCUCAAGUGGAAUAUCUUUCUUUGGACAAAAAGAACAGCUGACGACAAGAUUAAAUGGUCUACUCAAAGAUUAUCCUAGUGAUGUCAGUAUAUUCAAGGAGUUUAUUCAAAAUGCCGAUGACGCUGGUGCGACCGAAAUCAAUUUCAUAAAAUUCUUCAGAACUCAGAAAAUUGCACAUUCAAUAGGACAAAAUCAAACGAUAGGACCGGCAUUGUGCAUCUACAAUGAUGCCCAUUUUACUGAUAGAGAUUUGGAAGGGAUAAGAAAUUUAGGAAUCGGUAGCAAAACUGAUGAUCCAACGAAAACUGGACAAUACGGUUUAGGGUUUAAUGCAGUUUAUCAUAUCACUGACACCCCAUCUUUUUACAGUAAGGGUCCUGGCUUGGGAAAAGAAGGAGUUCUGUGUAUAUUUGAUCCCUUGUUUAAGGAAAUCCCUGAAUUAGAUGAGCCAGGGAUUAAAUGUGACAUUAACGAGAUGGACGACCAAUUUAAGGAUAUUUUAAAAGGAUAUCCAGGAAUCAAAUCUGAUGUUGGAACAAUGUUUCGUUUACCAUUGCGACAAGAAAAGUCAGAAAUAAGCGUGCAUUGUUUUGGUGAGUCUGAAAUCGAUAUAUUACUUGGUCUGCUUCAAGAGGAGGCAAGUACAUGUCUUCAGUUUUUGAAAAACCUAAAAUCCAUAGCAAUAUCAACAUUCAUCGAUGGUAAAGUACAAACCAAUUUUAUUGUAGAAGCAAUAUUGACGGAGUCGGAUGAAAUGAAAAGAAAACAGUAUUUCGAUGAUGUAAAUAUAGUUUGUAAAAAGCACAUGUAUGAUAAGUAUGAAAACAUCUUAGAAGAUCGAUUUUCUGUGACGUACAAUCUGUCUAUUGUUGAAAACAAUGAACCGAACAAACGAUGGCUUGUUUGUAAUCAGUUUUCAAGUAAUACCAAACCAGACGAAGAAAAAACUUGUAUACUUAGGCAAGCAUUCACCGAUGGCGAUCUUGGUUUAAUGCCAACUGUAGGAAUAUCCAUACCAGUGUGUGAAAUAGGAAAUUCAGAAUCAACUGAAGCUCAUAAAGCUUUUUGCUUUUUACCAUUGCCUAUACGAACAGGUCUGCCGUUUCACGUGAAUGGCCAUUUUUCAACAGAUCGGGGACGACGGAUGUUAAUCAACAGCGGUGUUGGCGAAUCAUGGAACAAAUACUUGUUGUCGGGUUUACUGCCGGAGGCUCUUUGUACAUCACUUCUUGAAGUACAGAGCAUACUUUGUAAAGAAGGGAUGACUGAGGCAACACUAAAGGAAAGAUUGGGGCUGUACAAUGCCAUUUUUCCAAGAUAUUUAUUUGCAACAGACAUUAAUUGGAAAUACUAUGUACAGAAUAUGUACAAAAUGAUUUUGGAUAAAAAGUGCAAAUUGUUUCCGACUCUGUUCUCAUCUGAUUCUCAAGACAAAACACAUGGUUUUAAAUUGCUAUGGACGCAUUUAGCCCGAAGUGAAGCUGAUAAGACAGGAGGUAUUUUCUAUACAAUGCAUUCCAUGCAUAAGGUGUUGCAAAAUCCGGUGAAGUCUAUAAUGAUGAGAAUCGGAAUGAAAAUUGUAGAAAGUUCCGACAUCGUUAAACAAUCAAUAGAGGAAGUGAAAUUAAAAGUGUUUAGCUGCUCACCUGGCUUGGCAUUGAAAUACAUUCUUGAAACCGAUGUGAAAAUAAGUGGUCUACACAUAGAGCAAUCAUGCUUCACUUCGGUCGAACAUUUUAAAGAACUGAUUUCUUUCAUAAUUAGGUGUAAUCAAUUCGAAAGAGUUGCGGAAGGACUGCCACUCUGUCUGACCCAAGACCAAUUUCUUCAAAAGUUUGAUUCAAAUAAUCCGGUAUUUUGCUCGAUGUAUGUUUCCCUAAUACCUGGAUCUUCAAAUGAAUUCAUGCACAAAGAUAUAGUGAGUUAUUUUAAGAAGAAGAAUUAUCUCUUUGAACGUGGAGUGUUAAAAGAGUUGAGUGUGCACGAUCUACAUAGUAGGCUAUCAUUUUCAUAUAAUGAAACUGAUUAUCAUGGUGGAAAUGAUUUAGAUGUGGAGUCGUUUCUUCUCAAAGACACUGGAAUUGACCUAAUAAUGUUUUUCAAAUUUUUGCAUGAGAAGUCGGUCAAAAGCAAUCAAUUGUUUUCCGUGGACCAAUUCGUUGCGAAUGUGUCGCAUUUCAAGAGUUGGUCUUUUCUACCGACACGGUGUACAGCAAAUGGGUGCGCAUUUAAAUACUUAAUUCCGCUAGACCAACCUAACAAACUUUAUAAAGGUGAAAACAGUUAUGAAAAUAUUCAUUUAAUUAUUUCAAAGCUCAAUAUUCCGACACUGGACACAAGUUGGUUACCUAGUGAUACGAAUAGCACAAAUUGGGACUUGGACAUAAAAAGAGGAUUAGAAUCAAUGAUAGCAUCCGUUUUAAACCCAGUUAAACUGAUAUCGUGUCUCAACAUAUACAAAGAGAAACUGCAAGGCAGGGUAACACAUCUUGAAGCAGUCGAUAUACUUGGAUACAUUUCAGAAAGGAUAGCAGCUUCGAAUUGCCAUGCCGAUCUUGACUUCAUGAUACGGUCACUGCCAUUGUAUGAGACAGUAUUCGGGGAUUUAAUAAGUAUUGAAAACGUGAAUAAUGUUGUUAUUUUAUCUAAAAGAAUUCCACCAAAUGGAAUGAAAGAAAUUGCCGAGGCUACAAAUACGACGUUCGUGAUGUUUCAUGAAAGAUAUUCCUAUCUAUUGAAACAGUUUUCCCCCAGUCUUGAAGUCGACGGUCUAUAUGCAGAUAUAAUUGUGCCCAAUUUCCGAGCUAUUCCCCCGAAACACCAACUUAAACAUCUGGAAUAUAUCAGAGAUCAUAUUUGUAGAGAUGGUACAGAAGCUUCGCGGUCUAAGCAGCAAAUUCGUCGUCUUCUCACGAACAAUCCAUUUAUUCAAAUUGGAAAUCGAAAGCGACGUGUUAACGAGUUCUAUAGCCACAGACACGCGGUAUUUGCUAAAAUGCUUACUGAUGAUGAAUUUCUUCCAAAGCAUUUACGAACAGAUGAAUGGAAGAAGUUCCUAGAUGCCUUAGGACUUAUCACGAUGCCAACACAGCAAAAAGUGUUAGAGUUUGCAAAAACAAUUGCGCUAGAUUCAGCAUCAAAUGCUGAUUUGAACACAGACGUUUUGAAGGAAAAAUCGCAAACAUUAACGUCGUUUAUUUUAACUGCUGGACAUGCUUUUUUUAGUUCAAGCAACCUUCAAGAGCUAAAAAAUAUAAAGUUUGUUAACUCGCAUGUAGUUGACGAUGAGAGACGCGCUUUAUAUCACUCGUUUAUCAAGUCGAAUGAGUUUAUUUGUUUUAAUGGGUCAACAACAUCCGACUGGCAGGAAAUAUGUUGGUCAAGUACACCUAUUUUGCACAGUGCAUUUCAAAUCAGUUUAGAUGAACGUCGUCAAGAACUUGGUGUGUUGACAUAUCCGUCAGUAGAAAGAGUUAUUGUGCACAGUCAUAAUGUAACUGAAGUAUUUCACAACGAAUUCAAAAGGAAAAUUGCGAAGACGCAUGACAAAAUGAAGUUUAUCACUCCACUCUACGACUUUUUCAUGAAACAUCUAAACAGCCCCGAAUUAGCAAAAUUAAGAAAUUCAUAUUUUGUCCAUAUACCUAACGAGGCUAUGGUAAGAGCUGAUAUGGUGUUUGAAAUCUCCGCGUUAAAAAGCACCGAGAUCAAGCCAUAUUUGUAUGAGCUACCGAAACCCUUACGCAAAUACAUAGACUUAUUUGAAAAACUCGGAACGAUGAGUGUUGUUUGUAGAUCACAGUUUGUAAAUGUGCUGGGGUCAAUACACACCGAGUACAGUGAUCAAACGUUGCCACCCCAGGUACUUAAAAAGGUUGCACAGACAAUAACACUUCUAUUCAAACUUGAUGGACCACUUGAAGAUAAUCAUUCAAAGUUGUUUCUCCCAAACAAAGAAAUGAAACUGAAAGAAUCGUCAAGUCUCACUGUCUGUGACAAUAACACAUACGCGGAUAUUUUAAGAUAUGUUGCUGACAUUGACUACUUUCUUGGAUUCCAGGAAAUGGAAAUAGACGAGUUUACACCUGCAGUGUUUGAAUCAUUACCAGAUUCGAUGCAGCCGUGCUUCUUAAGCAAGGACGUAAGAGAAAGUGUGUCGUUAGAGUCGAUUGAAGUUGUUGAAUCACUUGUGUCCUAUGAUUGGCAGUACUUUUUACGUAGCGAUUGUUUAAUUAAUGGAAUAAUUAGGCUCAUUCGUGCUCAGUGUGGAUUUAACUACAAGGGAAACCCAACGACUGAUUUAGAAGAUAGAUCAAGAAAAAAAUUGAAAAAUGUUCGCAUUAAUCAAGUGAAUGGAUUACAAACAAAAGUGUCAUACAAAGGCAGUGUGUUGGAUGGGGUAAGUUUGCAACGGAUAUGCUAUACAAAGAAUAUAAAUUGUAUCAAUGGAAACACGUCCUUUCAACUGUACUUUGACUCUAUGGGCGCUACAGAUGAGACAAUGAUAAUUUCUGAGGAAGACGGAAUUUUUCAUUUAGUACAAAAAUGCACUGAACAUAUUCUGGACAAGGACAAGUGUUGUAUAAUGAGUGCAUUAUUGAACUACAGGAAUACCCCUGAAAGAAUUUCUGAACUGCUUGAUAGAAGUGAGAUUGCACAAAUUGAUUUUAAACCCUCUUCCGUAUUUCCAAAGCCUGGUACCUACGUAAAUUCAAAGUUUUACCCAUUUCUAGUCCAGGAAAUAGUUACUUUUGACGAGCAUGAAUAUGAAUUCGUAGCCAUGGAAGUAGAGUAUGAAGAUGAUGAAAAUAACGCCUAUAUAUACGUCCAUAUCAUAAGUCAAAUACCAAAACUUGCGGAUUCUUCAAACAUACGUUUACGUUACAAGGUGAAUGCUGGCGAGCCUAGAGGUUUCAUCGAAGUGCCGAUAUUCAAACUUUUUCGUUUCGUUUCCCCAAAUCCUCUAAAUACUUAUACAGAAGUAGAACUUUAUGACUCACAAAAUAUAAUCACACUACCUUUUGACGAAAAUCGCCAAAGGGUUAGGGAUAUGUUAACUGCGGCUUUUCAGAUGGUCGAAAAAGAUAGAAGAAUAUUGAUAAAGCGACUAUUAUUAAGGUGGCAUCCCGACAGAAACUCCGGAUUAGAAGAUUAUGCGAAGGAAAUAUUCAACUUCAUCAAAGAACUCAUAGUCGAAUUAGAGAAAAACGAACAUGCUGUGCGAUCCAGCGGAACAUUUUCUUCGAGCACGUUUCGGUCUCGUUACUACAAUUUUAGUACGAGGAUUGAAUGCAAAGGUCGAGUGUUCGCUCAAGAAUUUCACCAAAGAAAACGACAUUAUUAUGCGUAUUUCACUAGUGGUUAUAAUACUAGCAGCAGCAAUGAGUACGUUCCCGUCCCAAAUAUCGGAGAAGCGAAACGAUGGCUACGCCAAGCGAAAACGGACUUUCACGUCGCGAGUGGUAUGCUUGCCAAUCCCGAAGAGGGAUUCAAGGGGUUCAACUGGAUUUGCUAUCAAUUACACCAGGCAUGUGAAAAGGCGCUUAAAGCUGCCAGAUUUUCCAGAGAUGCCAAUCGAUGUCCGCGAUGGUCACAUAAUCUAUGCAGCAUUGCAGAUGGAAUUGAGAUUGAUGACAUUAAAGAAAAGGUAAGAUUGUUCGAAUCACGCCUAAACAUAUCGGACAGGCAGUACUUCCGACUUCGGUAUCCAGAUGCCGUUGAAAUGAACAAGCUGCCUUCUGACGUAUUCAGUUUAGACGAUGCCGCAUUUGCAAAGGAAACUGCUCAUGAAAUUAUAGCGUUCGUGGAGGACUACAUAUAGUAAAUUAUUUAAACCAUAUGCCAAUAAAAUUACGUCAAGAGAAUAUUAUCUACCAGACGGAUCGAUGUUUGGUCAUCGAAAUAUCGCAGUUAUGAAAAUAAGUGUCGUUGACAUUUAGAUAUCUAUUAUUGUAUUGUUUUCUAUAGGACAGAUGCGUUAGCAUUCUUCAUUAUAAUAUGUGUAUGUGGGGGAAACAAUUCUGCAAUUAUUGAAACAGUAUAAUAUUUAAUUGAAAUGAUGUCAUUUAUGUCUUUUGUUGUUAAUAGAAAUAUUUUUAAAUACAUUAGACUAAGCUAUUAAACAUUUUGUUUGUAAAUAUUACUUAUAUAAAUUUCAGUCCACUUCUUUUAUUUACAUGCUAAAAUAUUCAAGUUUUACAAAAGCUUUUACAUUUGCUUGUUAUUUGAAAAAAAGGUUAAGGUAAAAGUGUUUCCUUACGUGUAUGUAAAUUUGCAAGAUUUCGUUGUUUUCAUAACCUAUAAAGGCGCUUAGAGUAUAUUAGCUUAGAUGUUAGUUAAUAGAUUACUAUAAUUGUAAAUAUGUGUACAUCAGAUAGAUAUGCUUAGGAAUUUGCUUUAAACCAGAAUUAAGACUAUGUAUAACUUUAAAUGAACAUAUUUAUAUAUCAGAUGAACUGUUACUUUAUCUUAAUUAAGAUAAUUAUUUGCUGUCAUGUUUUAAAUAAUAAUGUCUUUAAAUGUGCGUGAAAUAGUUUGUCGAAUGGAUGUCGAGUAUGCGAAUUAUUUUUAAUGAAUACAUGGUUAACAUACGUUUUAAAAAAAGCUUUAUGUUUAAUUUCAACAUAUGUAGUGGUUUAUGCAUUAUGUUAUUAUAUUUUGUUUAAAAUUAUUUUCAAAAUCAUCACAUUUUUAACUUGUAAUUUUAAUUGCGAUUAUUUUAUUUACUAUAUGUGCCUCACUGUAUAUAUGAUAUAUAGUUCACCUUUGAUUAAUAAGUAUUUUUCCGUUAUUAUUCACAAUGUAUUUUUGUAUAUAAGUUUGUUAAUUUGUAAGCUGGAACACACGUUUUUGUGAUUUUAACGUCCUUGUAUUGCAUGCCUUGCGGACAAAGUUUAAUAUAGUAUAGAUUAUGAAUAUAUCAAAAACGAAGGGUCCCAGAUAACUUUAUUGUACAUUUUUUAUCCAUAUGAUAUAUUUGUGUAUAAACAAAGUAUUGGGGUGUUAUUUCAAACAUUUAACAUACAGAGUUAUGUUCGUUUUAAGAUUCAUUAUACCAUGUUUGAUUUUUUAUUCGACAAUUUGUAACGCUGUGCUAGCAGAGAGUGGGUCUUUUUAAUUAAAUAUAUAACUUUCUAUUUAUAAAUUGUGAAAAAAACAAUAUCAGUGUUAUGUUCCACAUGAUGUUUCUUUGUAUGAAAAAAAAAAAAAUUUAACCAUGACUAUUUUCCCAUAUUUGAUUGUGGUUUUUUUUCUCCAGAGGAUGUGUUUUUGUAUAAACAUAAGUUGGGCCUGUUAAUUAUAAUUCAAUUGGUGUAUUUUACCUUAUUUGAUUGUGUUUUACUUCCACAGGAUAAACUUUUGUAUAAACAAAGGGUGGGCCUGUUAAUUAUAAUGCAAAGGUGUCUUUUAUACCAUAUUUGAUUGUGUUUUUAUUACACUGGAUGAACCUUUGUAAAAACAAAGGGUGGGCCUGUAAAUCAUAAUUCAAAAUUUUGUAUUAUACUAUAUUUGAUUGUGUUUUAAUUCCACAGGUUGAACCUUUGUAUAAACAAAGGGUGGGCCUGUUAAUUAUAAUUCAUAUGUGUGUAUUAUACUAUAUUUGACUGUGUUUUUAUUUCACAAGAUGAACCUUUGUAUAACCAAAAGGUGGGCCUGUUAUUAUUUAAGCUUGCGUAUUAUACAAUAUUUGAUUGUGUUUUUUCCACAAGAUGAACCUUUAUAUAGACUAAGGGUUGAUAUGUUAAUUAUAAUACAAAUCUGUGUAUUUCUUAUAUUUGUUUAUGUUUUAUUCCACGGUAUGAACCUUUGUAUAAACUAAGGGUGGGUCUGUAAAUUAUUAUUCAAAUUUGUGUGUUUUUUUUAUAUUUAUUUAUGUUUUAUUCCACGGGAUGAACCUUUGUAUAAACAAAGGGUGGGCCUGUUAAUUAUUAUUCAAAUUGGUUUAUUAUACUUUAUUUGUUAUUUAUUAUGUGUGCAUUAUACUAUAUUUGAUCGUGUUUUAAUUCCUCAGUAUGUAUCUUUAUAUAAAUAAAGAGUGAGCCUGUUAACUAUAACACAAAGGUGUUUUUUAUACCAUAUUCGAUUGUGUUUUUAUUCCACUGGAUGAACCUUUGUAAAUUUUUGUAUUAUACUAUAUUUGAUUGUGUUUUUAUUCCACAGGAUGGACCUUUGUAUAAACAAAGGGUGGGCCUGAUAAUCAUUAUUCAAAUUUGUUUAUUAUACUUUAUUUGUUUGUGUUUUUAUUCCACAGGAUGGACCUUUGUAUAAACAAAGGGUGGGCCUGUUAAUUAUAAUUCAGAUUUGUGUAUCAUACCAUAUUUGAUUGUGUUCUUAUUCCACAGGAUGAACUUUUGUAUAAACAAAGGGUGAGCCUGUUUAUGAUAAUUUAAGCUUGCGUAUUAUACAAUAUGUGAUUGUGUUUUUAUUCCAAAGGAUGAACCUGAAUAUGAAUUUAGUGUGGGCCUGUUAAUUAGAAUACAAAGUUGUGUUUUUUUAUAUGUGUUUAUGUUUUAUUCCACGGGAUGAACCUUUGCAUAAACAAAGGUUGGCCCUGUUAAUUAUUAUUCAAAUUUGUUAAUUAUACGAUAUUUAAUCGUGUUUUUAUUCCUCAGGAUGUAUCUUUAUAUAAACAAAGAGUGAGCCUGUUAAUUAUAACACAAAAGUGUCUUUUAUACCAUAUUUGAUUAUGAUUUUAUUCCACUGGGUGAACCUUUGUAAAAACAAAUGGUGGGCCUGUUAAUUAUAAUUCAAAUUUUUGUAUUAUAAAAUAUUUGAUUGUGUUUUUAUUCCCCAGAAUGAACCUUUGUAUAAACAAAGGGUGGGCCUAUUAAUUAUAAUUCAUAUGUGUGUAUUAUUCUAUAUUUGAUUAGUGUUUUUAUUCUACAGGAUGAACUUUUGUAUAAACAAAGGGUGAGCCUGUUAAUUAUUAUUUAAGCUUGCGUAUUAUACAAUAUGUGAUUGUGUUUUUAUUCCAAAGGAUGAACCUGAAUAUGAACUAAGUGUGGGCCUGUUAAUUAGAAUACAAAAUUCUGGGUUUUUUUUAUAUGUGUUUAUGUUUUAUUCCACGGGAUGAACCUUUGUAUAAACAAAGGGUGGGCCUGUUAAUUAUUAUUCAAAUUUGUUUAUUAUACGAUAUUUGAUCGUGUUUUUAUUCCUCAGGAUGUAUCUUUAUAUAAAAAAGAGUGAGCCUGUUAAUUAUAACACAAAAGUGUCUUUUAUACCAUAUUUGACUGUGUUUUUAUUCCACUGGAUGAACCUUUAUAAAAACAAAGGGUGGGCCUGUUAAUUAUAAUUCAAAUUUUUGUAUUAUAAAAUAUUUGAUUGUGUUUUUAUUCCACAGGAUGAACCUUUGUAUAAACAAAGGGUGGGCCUGUUAAUUAUAAUUCAUAUGUGUGUAUUAUAAUAUAUUUGAUUGUGUUUUAUUCCAUAGGAUGAACCUUUGUAUAAACAAAAGAUGGGCCUGUUAAUUAUAAUGUAAGCUUGCGUAUUAUACUAUAUUUGAUUGUGUUUUUAUUCCACAGGAUGAACUUUUGUAUAAACAAAGGGUGAGCCUGUUAAUUAUAAUUUAAGCUUGCGUAUUAUACAAUAUUUGAUUGUGUUUUCAUUUCACAGGAUGAACUUUUUGUAUUCGCAGAGGGUGGGCCUGUUAAAUAUAAUUCAAAUUUGUGAAUUAUUCUAUAUUUGAUUGUGUUUUUAUUCUACAGGAUGAACUUUGUAUAAACAAAGGUUGGUCCUGUAAAUUAUAAUUCAUAUGUUUGUAUUAUACUAUAUUUGAAUGUGUUUUUAUUCCACAGGAUGAACUUUUGUAUAACCAAAAGGUGGGCCUGUUAAUUAUAAUUCAAAUUUGUGAAUUAUACUAUGUUUGAUUGUGUUUUUAUUCCACAGGAUGAACCUUUGUAUAAACAAAGGGUGGACCUGUUAGUUAUAAUUUAAACUUGUGUAUUUUACGAUAUUUGAUUGUGUUUUUAUUCCACAUGAUGUAUCAUUGCAUAAACAUAGAGUGUGCAAGUUAGUUUUAAUCGAAUGUUAUUUAACAUUGUUCUGAACAGUACGGAAAUAUAUUUGGAUGAGUACAUAACUGGGAAACCCAUAUUGGACGAGCCAUUAGGUGAGUCCAAUAUGAUUUUCCCUGCUGUGUACACAGGAUGUAUAUUUGUAUACACAAAGAGUUGGUCAGUUAAUUUUAAUUCACAAUUAACAUAUGUUGUGUUAUCACUUAAUGAUAUACUGUAUCUUCGUAAUAGUGGAAUGUAUACUUUGUACAAACAAGAUAUGCGCCUGUUGUAUACCAUCCUAACAAACAUUUAUUUUAUUUUCACUUGAAACCAAUGUACUAUUUUACUUGUUUACCUUUUAAUAAGCAAUGAGUGGGAAUAUUAUUCAUAAUUUAGAUAUGCGUAUCAUACUAUAUAAUAUGGAGUUUUAUUUAAUAGGAUUUGCAUUUGUGUAAAAUCAUUAACGUACUUUUAUUUCUGUUAAUGUCACUUCAUGAACCAAGUGUUUGUUUACACAUAAUGUACCUGGGCUUGCGAUGUUUAAUUUUAAACGCAAAAUUUAGUUUUCAUUGAAUGGUUCCAUAGGAUGUAUCUUUGUAUAAGACAUGGGUGGGUCUGUCUGAAUUCAAUUUAUGAUGAUUGUGUAUUAUUCCACAUGAUGUGUAAAUAAAUGGUGUGCCUGUUCAUUUUGAUUUAAAACGCACUUCAAAGUUCUAAACAAUCGGCCAAUGGUAUGUUAUUUAAGAUGUUGAUGAUUGAUUUGUUGGAUUAAACCAUAAAAUGCAGGCAAAACGGGGGCUUGCUAGUUAUAGCAAAACACGCAUAUCUAUUGCAUAUUUGUUUAUGGAUUAUUUUGCAUAGAUUUACAAUAGAACAAAACAUAUUUUAUUUGUAAGUGAUUAGACUUUCAUUAGUUGGAUAAAUUACACGCUCAAUUAUUGUAGUUUGCUUACUUUUUGCGUCUGAAACCAUGGGAAAAUACCAAUUUAAGUUCCAAAAAUGAAAUACUGGGCUUAAUACUUUGAAUACCGAUCUUUUAAUAAUCGAUUGAUUUAAUCAUUGUAUGAAGUGUAUUUAAAUAUAGAAGACGAAGUUUUAAAUGGUUGUCAAUUAUCGUAAGGUGCUAAGGCAUACAAAACAAUAUGUUUGUUUCAGGUUUCAUGUCCCCCAAAAAAGGGUAGGCAUAAGGGCAUUUCAGGACAGGAAACAAACAUUAUUUCUAUGCCUUAGACUAUGUUAUCUUCUAAUUUAUCAACAGACACUAAGUAAGCAAUUACUUGGCCAGUGAUCUAAAUGUGAAGCGCAUAAUUGAAUUCCUUACACAAUAUAAAAAGGCACUUAACAAACUCUCUAGUUAUAUUCAUGAAGGAUAAGUUAUAAUAAAAUAAAAAUAAAUAUAUAGUGACACAUCCAGAUGUCAAUAAAUUAUUGUUGACAACGAGCUGAAAUAACGUUCAAUAAUCAACAGACCAGAGUAAAUAGUCCAGAUCCCAGUUUCCUUGAACUGCAGGCUUAAGCAGCUUAUUUCAAUUAUCCCAAAAUACAUACUUCAAUUUGAUUUCGAUAACUGAAGUAUUAAAUUGUUAUUAUCAAAAAGAUUAUUCCCUUUCCAGUUUGAAGUCUAAAACCUCUUCAGGAAGUAAAUAAUUAUAUAUAAAAAAGUUUCGAGAAACUGGGACCUGCAAAGUUCAAACACUCAAUAGUAUCCUUGUGUUUAGGCGUGUGAGCAAUAACUAUGUUUGAAUGAACAUAAGCAGAGAGUGGAUAUGGGGCCGUAUCUAUAAAGCAUCUAUUUUUUCCAACUUAGUGAAAUUAUAAUAUUUUUCAACAACGACUAUUUUAAAACAGCCCAAGUUAAGUGCAGGAACAAUUUUUUUACAGUCUCUAAGUUUGGUUACUUUUAACGGGAAAACAAAUUGCCAUUAAAACUGCACUCUCACAGAUUGAAAGUUUUGUCUUCAAACGAGUCAAUUUAUGCGAAAAAUGCAUGUAAACCAGUCAUAUAAGACAAACUAUUAGAUCGCAGAUUUUUAUAUUUAAGUUAAAGAAUUGAUGUUUUAUGCAUUUUUCUUCAACCGUUAAAAACGGUAUUAGCCAUAAAACAUUAAUUUUAGAACGGAUAUAUGAAAUCUGCGACCUGAUCUUUUGGCAGCAGUAUUUUAUUACUGGUUGGCAGAUAUGUACGCACAAAUUCGCUCAUUCAAAAAAUAAAUAAUAAAAGUUGUAAAAUCGGUAAAUCUGUGAGAGUGCUGCUUUAAACGAAUGUUGUUCUUCCACUGUAAAUUUAUUUCUUUGUUUUUAUAGGCUAGAAUAUGUAUCAAGAAUUGCAUGUUAUAUGAACUCACGAAUAAAUGUUUUCUUAAUCA